AUGUCACACCCAUAUCAGUGCGUACUCCACUGCCAUCAAGCCGGUCAAGUUGAAUCCGGCAUCUUAGUUUUCGCAUCUGGACCCUAUAUUCAUACAUUGAGUGCACAGAAUGGAAGAUAUCUCUCUACAUGGCCAUCUCUUGAGAAUACAACGCAGACUCGAUCAACUGGCCAAAACAAUGGAAACGGAUUAGAAGUGGCGCAACUGAAGAGCUCACCUCAAGAUGAUUCUGAACGGCCCUCGAAGCGUCAAAAACUAUCUCCAGCAAGGGACGAGUCUUGCAGUUCCUCGGCGGAGAUCGUAGUAGCGAGAGACAGUGACAACGGAGAAUCGUCAAAUUCUCAGCAACCUUUGAAUCCACCAGUUAUUAAGCUGGCUGGUACCUCCGCCGGUCAACACGUGAUUGCCGUGACGGGCGAAGACAAAUGUAUCAGGGUAUUCGACCUGGCAGCAACUGGCAUUUUAACGCAGCUCAGUGAAAGGCAAGACACUAUGCCAAAAAGACCGUGUGCAAUAAUCUUGACACCGGAUGAUUCUACAAUCUUAUGCGCCGACAAAUUUGGCGAUGUCUACUCGUUGCCUCUUGUGGGUCAAGUAUUUGAAACAGCGACUUUCAAUGGCAUUGACGCCAACAACACGAGUCGUACGAGUGAUCAGAAGCAUAAGCAAAAGCCCUUUGCUCCUUCUGCAACUUCUCUUACUGUCCACACUAAAGGAAACCGGGAGGCGUUGCGGCAACAGCAAAAUAUCAAGAACCUCAAAGCAGAAAAGAAAGUUUCGAACCUUGAUCACAAACUUCUGUUAGGACAUGUUUCCCUUUUGACAGAUGUUGCGUGCGUAACUCUAGCCUCGCCCUCACAUAAGCCCCGGAACUACAUAUUAUCAUCAGACCGUGAUGAGCACAUUCGCAUCUCCCGUGGUGUUCCUCAAGCACACAUCAUCGAAGGAUACUGUCUUGGUCACACAGAAUUUAUCACCAAGCUGUGCGUGCCAACAGUCUACCCUCAUUUAUUAAUUUCGGGCGGAGGUGAUGACUACUUGAUAUUGUGGGAUUGGCCGGCGGGAAGGAUGUUGCAGCAGCUUGACUUGAAGAGUCUAGUUGCUAACCUUAGGAAUACUAAACUCGGAGCUGGAAAGUUGUUCAAAGGCUCUGCAAAAGUCAAGGACGCUGAGACUGAAGUAGACAUUGCACCCAGAAUAUGUGUCUCGAAUAUUCAAGCUCUUGAAAUUUACACAGAGCUAUCUGGUCAUCCGCGAGUUGAGAUCAUAGUUACAUGCGAAGGGGUUCCUGCGCUCUUCACCUUCACGCUUGGAAUGAAUGCGCAAAUGCAAUUCAGUGCAAGCAUUCACACAGAAAGCAAUGUCAUCGAUGUGACAAUUCUUCCUAACCAGAGUUCCGUUAUCUAUUCUAUGGACACUUGCCAUCAGGCCUUCUCGACAGACGCCUCAGCGGACACCGGGAAACAAGGCCCACGAAGCUUAGUGGGCUCCCUGAUUUACGAUACAGACUCCAAGACCUGGGAAGAGAACCAAGCAUUGCAGGCAAAUCUUGUCGCAGCUACGAGAGAAUGCGCAGAUAGCCAGCUACAUGUUCCCCAAGCAGGAGCAGCGAAAGGAAAGUCACUUAGAGAAUUACUUUACGGCUUGGAAAGCCUCAGAAAGCGGGGAUCAGAAAACGAAACAGAUGUGUAG